CGAAGUUGUAAAUUUUUAUUAUUUCUUUCGCGUGAAUAGUAAAUUGCACGUGGGACCCACACCGGGAGCGGGGGCCGCCCGAUAUUCCCGAGAUCACAUAAAUUAUUCUUAUGGGUCGAAAUAAUAUUUAUAUGGUGGUGGACAUCUUGUUUGGGCCAUGGGAAGGCCUGGGGUUGACCGAUCGGUCAAAAGAAGCCCAAUUACCGGUACCGACAAUUUAACGGAUAACAGCCCGAACUGAAUUUCGGGGACUUCUAAAUUAAUGUUUUGGAAUAUAUAUUAUUUCAAAAGGCCAUUACGGUUGGGAACACGUAAUAUAUUUUAUUGGACCCGAUAAAAUAAAAUAUAUUUAAAACAGUCCGAAAAAUACAACUUUCGGGACCGAUUGUACACAUCGGGACACAAAGGGAUGACCUCCCACAUGAGUGGGGGCCACCCCACGUUUUUUUGUGCUCAAUUAGACAAAGGGGAGCUGGAUAUGACAAAGGAAGGUGUGGAGGAGGAGGCUUUGGCAUCAAAGUACAAGGAUGACCCCUCACCCAUCACACAUUUUGUCAUUUGAGACAAAAUAAACCACUCCCUCUCACCUCAACCAUCCAACUCGUCCAGCCCCAUAUUUUUGAGAAGAAGAACUCUCAAAAUACUCUUCCUCCAUAUCUGAACUCGAGCUCAAGGAAGGAGGUCCAAAGAGGAGGGCUUGUAGAAGGAAAAAGCUAGGAAAAAGUGUGAAAAUUGAGGAACUUGUGAAAGGUAUUUCAAGUGAUUUCACAAAGUUGGAAAAGUCGCCGGAGUUGUCGCCGGAGUUGACCAAAAGUCGCCGGAGUUUCACCGGAGUUCAACCAAGAAGGGUAGAACUUCAUAACGCUAGUUCAAGGUUGAAGCUAGGGCUUGCUACCUGCACCUUUCUACGGGUGACAUCAAGUCAAGGAAGACGUGAAAUGGAGGGCAGGCGAAUGCGGACCAGGAACAAUCCGAGGGGGCAGGCGCCGGUAACAUCCCAAAGGGGAAGCCGGGCUGCAUCUCGGGGUUCAAGAGGAGGCCGUGGAGGCCGUGGAAGCCGUGGAGGUCAUCAAGCUCAAACUGUGAGUGAUGGCCAUGUAAGCUCGGUGUAUGAAACCAACACCGAGGACUAUGACUCUACGUAUGUUCCUGAGACAGAGCAUGAGGAGACCCCAUAUGAUGGAGGUGACACAUACACCGAUGAGGACAAUGAUGAAAGUGAUGCCCGCUUCGCCCAAAUGGGUGAAUUACUUGAGUGGUAUCAAAAGGAGAAACUGAGGAGAGACCUUAGGCGCCAAGCGAGGCGUGGCUCUCGUGGUGGUUCGGGUCAAGGGAGCCGGGGAGCUUCCGUGGCCACCCCAGCGGCGUCACAAGGUGGGCGUGAAGGAGGUUUUGUUGUGAGAAUCUCCAAGUACCUCAAGGAGGCUAGGGCCUUGGGGUGUAGGUCCUUUGACGGCACCGGUGACAUUACCGUUGCCGCCGAUUGGAUUAAGAAGGUGAAGGAUGCAUCAAGAGACAUGCAAAUCACACCGGACGUGAAGUUGACUGUCGCUUCA